AUACUUUUAUAAUUAUAUAAUAAUUAUAUAAUAAUAAUAAUAAUAGCUGUAAAGUCGUUUAAAUCAUAUUUGUUUACAGGAAUUUUAGGUUUUGUUGACAUUACAUUGUAAUGGCAAUGAAGUUGUAAAUUUAGCAAUGACUUUAUACAGAAAGGAUAAGUAAGCAAUUUAUCACACUUAAAUCAUACUAACUUGAGUAUUGUUAAUGUCUUGUGGCUAAACCUUUGAAACUGUAUUUUAAUGUUUACAAAUUGGCCCCAUUCACUUCCAUUGUAAGUACCUCAGAGUAAACCAGAUUUUAUUUAAAGAAAAUGAGGGGCAGAUCAAAAUAAAUUUUUGUGGUAAUCAAUAUUAUGCCAAAAAUGCUGUUGAUUGAGUUUAACUUGAAUUAUUGAAUCCAAAAUAUUCCUUUAACAUUGCUAAGAGUCGUGUCAUUUGCCUUUGUAAAUUAUUUAAAUACUUGCCAUGAAUACACUUGCCUGUUGAGCGAGAUUAAAAUUCGGUCAUAAUUUACUCAACCUCAUGUUGUUCCAAAGCCUUUCCUCCAUGAAACACUAAAGUAGAAAUUUUGAAGAAUAUUGACGUGCUCUUUUUGUCCCAUACAAUGAAAGUGAAUGGUAAUUGAGACUGAACAUUCUGCCUAAAAUCUCCUUUUGUAUUCCUCGUUCCACAUAAGAAAGAUAGCCAUACAGGUUUGGAAGAAAUUAUAACAUAAUAAAAAUUGUUUGGUGAUCUAUCCUUUUAAGGUGCCUAUUGCUCAUCAAUGUGAUGUUUUAUGUUGAGUUUCAGCAGUAGAAUGGCAAACGAGGGUGCUGGCGCCCCACGCAGUCGCAAGAGGUCUCAUAAGGUGGCUCCAUCAUCUGACCAGGACAGCACAGGGGCCGAAAGAGCCAAAAGAGAGCUCCCCUGCCCCAGUAAUGGAACUGUGGAAGUGGAGCACAUUAUUAUCAGGAAGCUACAGCUAAAGAAACAAGCUGAGCAUUUGAAGGUAGACCUGAUGCGGCAGUUUGACACUCAGGUGAAUGAGUUCAUGGACUGUCUUAUUGAGGAGUCUGCCAGUCUGGGUUCCUCCCAUAUGAGCACAGUCUUUCCACUCUCUGAUAAGGAGAAAAACAAACUCAGGCAUACACAACCUUCACAAGGCCAUAGCAAGCAGUUUGUGAUUCGUCGUUCCUUGUUAGAUGAUCUGUUCGAGGUGAAUCACAUCCGCACCAUCUAUCACAUGUUCAUCGCCCUCCUCAUCCUCUUCAUCUUCAGCACACUUGUUGUGGACUUCAUUGAUGAGGGCAGACUGGUGCUGGAGUUUGACCUGUUGGUGUACACGUUUGGCCAGUUCCCCCUAGUGGUUGUCACAUGGAUGUGUAUGUUCCUAUCAGCCCUUGUGGUUCCUUAUGUACUGCUCAGUAGCUGGGCCAGCGUCUAUCCAACAUCAAACUAUCGGUCCUUGUGGACAUUGCUGGCUGGUUUCCUCUUGGUGCUUUAUCAGGGACUGUGUUUGGGUUUCCUGCCCACAUAUGUGGUGCUGAAGAACGGCCUUCCCCCCGCAUCACGCUUCAUUCUCAUUCUAGAACAGGUGCGGCUGAUCAUGAAAGCUCACUCUUUUAUCAGGGAAAACGUGCCAAGAAUACGAUCCUUAGAACUAAGUAAAACAGAUUCUGUAGUCGUACCUCAGCUGACCCAGUACCUUUACUUUCUCUUUGCACCCACCCUAAUAUACAGAGACAAUUAUCCACGAAAUCCAUGUAUACAGUGGAGCUAUGUGGCUACGAAGUUUUCACAGGUGCUGGUGUGUUUGUUUUACGCAUAUUACAUAUUUGUGCGGCUAUGUAUCCCUCAGUUCCGCAGUAUCAGUAUGCAGCUCUUUGACCUCAGGGUCAUGGUGUUGUGUGUCUUCAACUCUAUACUGCCAGGUGUGCUGGUGCUCUUUCUGGCUUUCUUUGCCUUUCUGCACUGUUGGCUAAAUGCAUUUGCUGAGAUGCUAAGGUUUGGAGAUAGAAUGUUUUAUAAGGACUGGUGGAACUCUACUUCAUUUGCUAACUAUUACCGUACCUGGAAUGUUGUGGUACACGACUGGCUGUAUUACUAUGUCUACAGGGACUUUAUGGGGAUGACACAAAAGCGAUUUCGUGCAGCAGCCAUGUUUGUUGUCUUCACGGUGUCUGCCGUGGUGCAUGAGUACGUUCUGGCCAUCUGUUUUGGCUUCUUCUACCCCGUCCUCUUCUGCCUUUUCAUGUGCUUUGGAAUGGUGUUUAACUUCAUCCUUCAUGACCGGAGAAAAGGGCCGAUCUGGAACGUGAUCAUGUGGACUGCGCUGUUCUCGGGUCAGGGACUUCUCAUCUGCCUCUACUCUCAGGAAUGGUACGCGCAGCGCUACUGCCCCAUAGAAGAGCCCUCUUUCAUAGACCUGCUGAAGCCUCGAUCCUGGACUUGUUAUCCACAAACCAACACUGCUGUGUACACUAACUAAGACACACCUCCAGCCAGAUGAAUGGGAUUUACACUGGGGGAAAAGAGAGGAGCACAAUUUAUUCUUGAACUUAAAAAAAAAAAAAAAAAGAUUUUUAACUUUGUAUUGCACUAUGACCAAACUUUAAAAUGAUAAUCUUGCGUUACAAACCUGCCUUAGAUAUUUUAUUUACUAUUUACUGAGAUCUUAAUUAUCAUAAUUUAUGAUAAUGCCCAUCAUAGAAUGAAGAAUAUAUUUAAUGUAUCUUAUUAAUUUUUAAUUAUUUCCCAUUUCUAAGCAACAAAGUCUAGUUACCAUUUGACAAUCUAUUUUAGGUUUUGAUUGAUCUGGCUUAAGAGAUACUUUUUUUUAAAAGUCUUUGUUAUGUCAUAAAGUUAAGGUCAGAUUAUAAAUGUGUUUCAUUUACUGCCACCUCACCUCACAAGUCAUUUCAUUUUGUUUUAAGGUAGCGUUUGAUAUUGUAGUGUUGACUGUUUGAGAGAACUGAAUGUAUUUUAAAACAGGAGACAAUUGUGAUGUCAUAGACAAGCUGGGUAUUGAUAUUGUAACUUUUUGACCAGUUUUCUCUUGGACACGCACCACAGCCAAGCAAUUCCCUAGAAUGUUUACAAAAUGGGGAAUUCCAGAACCCCAGUAGAUUUAGCUUUUUUGCCAUAAUGUGAUGAAAUACAAACAUUUUCUAAACUUGCACUUGCAGUUUUAAUUAUAAGGAAGAGUUUUAGAGAAAGCAUCUAAAAUGUUAUAUCUAGUUCCUUUUUCAAUUCAGCCAUUUUGUACUUUAUUUACUGUUUGAUACGUUUAACUGGUAGCCUGGACUAAGAUUUGACUUGGACUCUUGUAUUGUUUUUUCCCUAGAAGUAUACAAAGGGUUAUAUCAAAUAAUAAUUUUAUUGCUGUGAUUUAGGCCUUAUUUAUUGCACAGUAGAAUAUACAAUUUUGUAAGUAUUGAGGUGUUGUGGCUGGCUGCACUGAUCAUUGUAGUAUUACUGAUGGUUUUCAAGCACAUUUCAUUUAUAAGUUCCAAAUUGCUAUUAUCGUUUACACUACCAGGACAUUAUCUCCUGUAUUUAUUGUAAGUGCUAACUGUGUUGUCAUCAGUUUAAAGUGAAUAUUCUCUUAAAUUCCACAAGAUAAUUUGUAUGUGUUCUUUGUGAUAUUGUGUAAUUAAUGUGAUUUAUUUAACAUGUACCUGCAAUAACUGUAAUAACCAGCAGGUGAUGGUGGAGAGUUGAUUGGACCAUGUAUGUAUUCAGUGGGGGUUUUUUAAGCACCUGCUAUGUUAAAUCUCAGUUGUAAUUUCCAGAACAAUCGAUAACUGUAAUAUUCAUCACAAAAAAAAAAAAAAAAGAAUUGAUCAAUAUUUUGGAAUAACACAAAUCAAGUGCCAUAUUUUUAAACAAAAUGUAGUCUGUCACAUCAUGAAAAGAUAAAUAGACAAUUUACAAACUUCACUGUGUUUUGCUUGUAUUAACUACAUGUUACCAGGUUGUGUGUUUAUUAAAAAUCAG